AUGUUUGGGAUGCUCAGACGCCACCUUAACCCGGGCAUAUUUUUCUUCCUCUUAUGGCUUUGUCUCCUCCUGGAACACCAGAAAGUUCAAGCUGGAAACUGCUGGUUGCAGCAGGGGAAGAACGGGAGGUGCCAGGUGCUCUACAUGCCGGGGAUGAGCAGAGAGGAGUGCUGCCGGAGUCAAAGGCUGGGGACGUCCUGGACGGAGGAGGACGUCCCCAACACCACGCUCUUCAGGUGGAUGAUCUUCAAUGGGGGAGCGCCUAAUUGCAUACCUUGCAAAGAAAGCUGCGAGAACGUUGACUGUGGCCCCGGGAAGACGUGCAAGAUCAACCGAAAGGGCAAACCGCGCUGCGUGUGCGCGCCAGACUGCUCCAACAUCACCUGGAAGGGCCCCGUCUGCGGCACAGACGGCAAGACCUACAAAGACGAGUGCGCGCUCCUGAGGGCUAAAUGCAAAACCAAUCCCGACUUGGACGUGCAGUACCAGGGCAAAUGCAAGAGUAAGUCAAAUAUUAAAUCUCCUAUCUCUUAUUAUUUUCUUUUAUUCAUAUCUGUGCACUUUAUUGCGUCUCCAGAAACGUGCCGUCAGGUCUUGUGCCCGGGAACCUCCAACUGCGUGGUUGACCAGACGAAUAACGCGUAUUGUGUGACGUGUAAUCGGAUUUGCCCCCCUGCUACAUCGCCUGAUUUGUACCUGUGUGGAAACGAUGGGAUCACCUAUCAGAGUGCAUGCCACCUGAGAAAGGCGACCUGUCUGCUCGGCAGGUCCAUCGGGGUGGCGUACGACGGAAAAUGCAUCAAGGCCAAGUCGUGUCAGGCCAUCACAUGCAGUGCAGGAAAGAAGUGUCUGUGGGACAAUCGGACGGGCCGGGGCCGCUGCUCCGUCUGCGUGGAUUCCUGUUCACAGAGCCGGUCGAGUGAGGCGGUGUGUGCCAGCAACAACACCACAUAUCCCAGUGAAUGUGCCAUGAAGCAAGCCGCCUGCUCUAUGGGGGUGUUGCUGGAGGUCAAGCACUCUGGAUCUUGCAAUUCCAUCACAGAAGACCAGGAGGACGAUGAAGAAGAUGAGGACUCAGACUACAAGGGCUUUGUCCAUUUGUCUUCUGAACUGGAUGGAUAGGCUCCCAUCAUUAGUUCUAGGGCAAGAAAUCAUGUCCAUACUGUACAUUAUGUGUAUGCUUAUUUAUUUUUUAAAAGGAAAGGAAGUAUACAUAUAGUUCAG